GUGCUCUCUGCCUUUGGCCUUGCCUCCCCUUAUCGUAAAAAAUACAAACACGCAACUGGAGGUACCCGGGGACUCCGUGCACCGUACAUGCUUAGAGAGAGAGAGAGAGAGAGAGAGAGGUCUCCAGCCACAUUGCAUUUUUACCUAACUUGGCUGAGAAAAAAAACACACAAUCCUGUCUACCUAGGCUGGGACCACUUUCUACUGCCACUUACCCUGACCACCUGCCUACUACUUUUCUACUGCUUUAUCACUCUUCACCGGUCCCCAACCACAAUCCACCGCAUCCAAAAACCCCCUUUUGAUAGCUCAACCUGCAUCGCCGCGAGAUCUCUCACUCUUCCGUCGAGCAGGUCUCACCGUCGUCAAUUCGUAAGUCCACCUCCGCCUGCCCAUCCGACCUGCGUGUCUAUCUACAUCCGUCCGUAUCCCAUCCGUCUAUCCGUCUUCUUGUUAUCCUCUCUCUCUCUCUCUCUCUCUCUCUGUCCGUCCGUUCGCCCUGCGUCCCGCUGCACCUCAUCAUCAUUCCGACAAAGAGACCACGAUGCCUCCUUCUCUGGUCCCAGCCUAACCACCUCCAUCAAUGGCGCACUGGCUUCCGGUCCGCGGAUGACUCGUCCACAGGACUAACGGGCACGACUAUGUCUGCCUGUCCCUGCCUUGACACCAUCUGCCUGUCUACCUGCACAGUCUACCCUCCCGUCUACAUUACCAACCACCUCUCGGUGCAUGCCCCCCAGCCUAUGGACGGCCUGCUUUGCCUCCCUCCUUCGUAAUACAUCACAAUCAUAACCUUGGC